AGAGAAAUAGACUUCGAGCAAGAUUAGAGGAUACAGAAGAGGAGCUUUAUCAAGAAAGAGAAAGAAGAGUUUAUGCUGAGGGUAGAAGAAGGGAAGAGUUGGAAGAGGCAGCAGAAGAUAUGUUUGUUGAUGCAGAGAAAGGUUCAAAUAGUACAGAUUUAGAAAGACAAGUAGGAGAUUUAGAAGAGGAAGUAGAGGCUGCUACAUUUUGUAUUGGAGCAGUUCGGGUAAAGAACUGGAAAAGAAACAUUCAAUAUACAAAUUUGGUAGCAGAACAAAGUGUUCUAAGGGCUGAAAUAGAGAACUUGCAGAAUUUAAUU